CAAAGGCGAGACGGCGACCAUGGCGACCUACCCCGGCGACCCGCUUGCACGCCCCGACCAGGCUGUCUGCGCGAUCUCCGCGACCGGCGCCAUCAAGCGCAAGAGGGAGUCCAUCAUCGGCAAGGCGGCGGUCUGUUGGCUCAGCAGCAACAGCCACGAUUCAGAGCCACACCACGUCGCCGACGCCCUCGACGAACAACUUCGCAUCAGCCGCCACGAAAUCAAGGUUGUCAAACACUACCCCGAGCAGUACCUGGUCUUCUUCACCGACAGUCAGGCCUUUCAGCGAGCCGUGAACCACCUUGGCGUCCGGAGCAGGGGUCGAACCUUCAACUUCGAGCCCUGGACUGAACGCCGCCACGCCGUGGAGAAGCAGCUUGAGUUCCGGGUGCGGCUGCGCAUUGAGGGGCUGCCGGCUCAUGCCUGGUCAGAGGAGGUCGCAGCAAAAAUCAUCGGGCAGCACUGUGCCAUCCACUACGUCGAGAGACAGUCCCUCCGCCAGGACCGCACAAGAACUUACGAUCUGUGGGCAUGGUCUGCAAACCCCAGUAAGAUCCCCAAAAUUGUUCUUCUCACCCUCACUGACCCUGACAGGGAGCUUGCACAUGGCGGAGACGUUGAGCUCUACCACGACCCUCCCCGAGGCUACAAGGGCGCCUACGACUACAAGCUACACCUCCAUCUAGAUGUGGUGGAGGACCUCUCCUUCUUUGGUAGUAGAGGUGGUGGUGACGGGCACAACAGAAAGCCUCGUCGCGAGUUCCUGUGGAACUAUGGCAUGCCGGACUACCUUGGCGAGAGACGCUCCAACCAGCAGCACGACAACUACGCCGGGCGCGAGUACCACCCUCGCCGCGAUAGAGACGACCACGAAGACAACUUCAACCGCGGCAGGCGUCGGCACAGGAGCCAAUCAUCGUGGGGAAGGAUGACCCGCUGCCGUGGGGUGGUGGAAGACUGCUAUAGCUCCUCCCGCUAUCGGGGAGGCAAUCAUGGGCACCGCAGCAGGCCGGUGGCGCCCGGGGGAAGUCAGCUCACUUGGCGCAAGAAGAUCAACUCUGCCAAGAAAGUCACCUUCGCCAACCCACUGUUCCAGGUUUUGGGUCAACUAUCCAAGGUGGAACGCAUAAGAAACCUGCUGGUUUCGGCUCCAGGUUGGGCUCCAAUCGCCUCACCAACGCACCAUAGCGAUUCUGCGGAGGAGGGCCUGCAGCUUGGCUGCACGGAGACACUGCAGCAUCUCCCACAGCCCCUGACGAGUGCAAAGAUGGAAGCUAUCAAGACUUUGGUGGAAAAGGGGAACCAGCCCAAGAACAAGAAGAAAAGCAGGGUCCUUCCGGCGCCGGAAACAACACCGGGGGCGCACGAAGUCUAAAGGACGGCGAUGGCCUUUCCCCAUCAGUUAUCGAAGUUGUCUCUCAUUUUCUCCAUGUUAUGCCAGACUUUUCAGAACUUCUUAGAAUUUGUACUAAUUAUUGGGCCGGCAAUUUGGCCUUGCGACUUCAGCUAUGCUCCGGCCAAGUUGUGCUUGUGCCCGGCAUGGACGCUCACGAAGUACGCCGAACCAGAUGCACAUCGUUUCCCUAGCUUUGUACCUGGCCCUAGCGCCCAGCAAGGAAGCUCCAGUCAGCAGUUUCAACAUUGUUUUC